AUGACAAGCCUUGAUAUUAUCCUCAGAGUCAACCCACAGGGUCGACUCUCGAGGGAUCCCGCAAUGCACCUGCUACUGGGUCUUAUCCGGCAAGGCCAGUCAGCGGCCCGGGCUCUGAACCGAUGCCGGCUGCCCGUACACCCACACCCGCUUCAAGAUGCCACCUACGCUCCUCCUCCGCCUGGGCCCGCCGUCGUCGGCCUCGAAGCACGCCGCGGCGGCCUGCUGCAGGCCCUUUUUGCUGAAGAAGGGCGCCGCCGGCUCGCUCUGCGGCCGCUCCGGAGGCUGUCGGUGGGGCAGCCCCUGGGGCGCACCCUGAAGCACGCCCUGGGACGACUCCUCGUGCCGCCGGUCCAGCGGGCCGACUUCGCAGAGCACCUCGAGCUGGAGCAGGAGCUCGUCCUCGCCGGCCUCCUCCAGGGCCUCCCUCGCCAGGCCCGGGAAGACCAUCAGCACAACCUUGGGGUUGAACUCCGGCGGCGGCACCUCCCCGUCCGCCAUGGUCAUGAGCACGGGGUCAAAGUCCGGGUGCGUGUCCGGGUGGCACUCCCGCCACGUGGUGAUGUACGGCCGCAGGUAUAUCUCCUUGUCCAGCGCCGCAGCCUGGUCGACCAGCUGCCCGAUCCUCGACAGGUACUCGUCAAAGUCGUCGGCCUUGGACUUGGUGCCCUCGGUGAGCGACCAGAUCUCGGCGAUGGCUGCGUCCCUCUUGGUCUGAUAUUCCACCUCGAUGGCCGUCCGAUCUCCCGCCGCGCCGAGGAUGAGCCUGAGUCCCUGCAGAUGCCGGGAUGCACGACCAGCCCAAAUGAAGUUGCCGAGGACUCGGUUUUCCAAAUACUUCCAGAGCAAAGCCUCCAUGAAAGUGUGGAAGUUUUCGGUGUAUAUGAGGUGCGCUGCAUCCUUGAGCUGGCCGGAAAGGGUGACGCAGCCCAAGACGCCCGAGUAGUUGUUCAUGCUCGCGGUGGAGCGGCCCGGUUGGACCUGGGCCGGGUGGGCAAUCCUUUCCUGGGGAGCCUCGAGGAAUAUCCUCACAAAGUCCCGUAUGGCUCUCCUCAGCGCCUUGAUGGACGCGACCAGGGCCUCGUCCGAGGUGUGGUGGGGCUGCGCCUUGGGAGGGGGCGCCGCAGGCUCGACUAUGACCUCGUUCACCUUGUCCUUCCUGCUGCUCGGUUCAGGUUGCGGGGCCGUGUGGAAGUUGCUGCCUCCCUCGGAUGGGGGGUUGCCGCGUUCGGUCUCGCUCUCCUGCUCAAACUCCUUGUGUGCCCUGGUCAGCAGCUUGCUUCUCUCCUUGGCCUCGGCCUCCAGCCUCCGGCGCUGCUCCUGCUCGCGGCCCAGCUCCGACUCGAGCUUCUCGACGAGCGACCGGAUCUCGUUGUUGGCCUGCUCGGCCUGGCGCAGGUAGGUCCUGCACUCCUCCUUGAUGCUCUUCUCCCUCUUGUCCCACUGCCGGUUGCUCUCGGCCAGGUCCGACUCGCGCAUCUCCCAGAACUGCGACCAGAUGGCGUCCUCGCGCAGCUUCCACUCGAGCUCGAGCUCGGCCAUCUUCUGCUCGAACCGGCGCUGCUGCGCCAUGACCUCGAGCUCCGCCGCCUUCUCCGCCGCCCGCCGCACCCCGACCUGCUGCUUCUUCUUGAGCCGGAUCUGCGUCUGCAGCUCCGCGAUCUCCUUGAGCAGCGCCACCCGCUGCGCCUCGAAAUCCUGCCGCGUCUUUUCGAGCUGCUGCUGGCACGCCAUCAGCUCCUGGGCCAGCUUCUCCUGCUGACUCUCACGGCUCAUUCCGCCGCCGCCGCCGCCACCACCGCCGACGCCGGGACCCGCCGCGGGCUGCUGUGCGAGUGGGUGCUGCAGGAUGAAGCCGGAGGUGUCGGUGGACGACCGGGGGCUCCAUGA